CAUUCAUCGUUUUUCGAGACACCAUGCCUUUCCCUCCCCGAGCUCGCAAGGACGUUGACUGGAGUGGGCCUGCUGUGGCGGCAACUCGCGUCAAUGGGCACAUUCAGUCUCGCUGGAGUCGAAAGACGGGAGAAUGGUCUGAGCCUGAGUUCGUUGAGGAUCCGUUCUUGCGCGUGCAUGGACUGGCAACCGUGUUUCAUUAUGGACAAGAAAUCUACGAGGGGAUGAAAGCGUUUAGAGCUCCCGACGGCGAGAUUCAGAUCGUCAGACCCAAAUCCCACGCGGCCCGGUUGAACCGCUCGGCAGCCCUGGUAUCCGUCCAGGCCGUUCCGGAAGACCAUUUCCUGCGCUGCGUGCAGCUCGCGGUCGGACUCAAUGCCGACCUCGUACCGCCCCCCGGCGCCAACGCCAUGCUGUACAUCCGGCCUUUCGUGUUCGGUUCGGGCCCCUGGUUCCAGCUGAGUCCGACCGACGAAUACCUGUUCUGCGUCUUCGUGGCCCCCACCGUGGCGCUGCACGGCGUCAGACCAAUCGACGCCCUGAUCCUCGACGAGUUCGACCGCGCGGCGCCGAGAGGCGUCGGAUCGGGAAAGGUCGGGGGCAACUACGCGCCCGUGAUGCGGUGGAGCGAGAAGGCCAGGAGCGAAGGGUUCCCCAUCACGCUGCACCUGGACAGCCAGACACGCACCGAGAUCGAGGAGUUCUCCACUUCGGCUUUUGUUGGCAUCCGCAGAACUGGCGACGGUGACAGUGUCGAGACCACCGUCGUGGUCCCCGACAGCGAGAACAUCGUCGAGAGCGUUACGAGUGACAGUAUCCAGCAGCUUGCGAGGUCGCUGGGGUGGUCCGUUGAGCGACGAGCAAUCAAGUAUGUCGAGCUCCCUCGCUUCUCUGAGGUUCUGGCCUGCGGGACGGGAGUCUCGGUGGUCCCUAUAAAGUCGAUAACCAGGAAGAGCACCUCGGACAAGUUCGUCUACCAGAAUGAUAGUCCGGAACCAGGGCCCUGCGCAAAACUGCUGGCGGGCUUGCUGGACGACAUUUACAAAGGCAAGGCCGAGGACCAAUUUGGCUGGCUUGCAAAGGUCAAGGAACCCGAUGUAAAGGUCAAUGGUAAUGCACAGCUCAAAUGGGGGAAACAGGCCAAUGGCAAUGGAGAGGUAAACUAAGCCGAAAGGUCAUUAAAGACGAGAGCAAGAGCCACAUUGUCGUGUGCCGAUCGAGGGAAAGG